AGUUAUUGACGGUGAGUUAAAAGCCUGACAUCACACACCUUUUCGACGGCGAGCAAACCUAAUGAAUUAUCGUCGGUGCUGAAGAUUUCACUGGAUUCUCGCUUUUUCGAUUGGAGAAAAUCUCUUCUUCACUCAAAUCAUUGGGAUUUUUAAGGAUUUUUUUUGGUGAUUGGAUUAGUAGGAACUUCUGCAUUUUUUAAAAAAGUUUUGAUCGAAAUUUUGAUGAUCAAAGUGCCAGGCGAUUUCCCGGCUCUUUGGACCCAAAGUUAUCCAGUUAUUGUAUUGCAGAACCCUAUUCCAUGGGAGAGUUCCUGCCUUGUUUUUUUAUACCAAAUAAAUACAAGUUCAGGGGCUAUUCCAUUGGAUAUUGCAUUUCAUUGACUGCUGAAGAUAAAUUGAUUUCUCUGACAGCUAUUGAAAGGGAAAUAAGCACACAUAGAAGAUGAACAGCUCAUCUGCAGGACCCUCAUUGAAAUCUAAAGUCGGAUCUUCACAACCUUCUGAAACUUCAUUUAAGCGAAAGCGAGGAGUCUUUCAGAAAGACUUGCAGCACAUGAUGUAUGGUUUUGGAGAUGAUCCUAAUCCUCUUCCUGAAAGUGUGGCACUUGUAGAGGAUAUUGUCGUUGAGUAUGUAACAGAUUUGGCACAUAAAGCCCAAGAUAUAGGAUCAAACAGGGGAAAGCUUGCAGUUGAUGAUUUUCUGUACUUAAUUCGCAAGGACCUCCCAAAACUUAACCGCUGUACAGAACUUUUAUCUAUGCAAGAGGAGCUGAAACAAGCAAGGAAGGCUUUUGAAGUGGAUGAGGACAAGUUAGCAUCUAUUGAGUGAGACAUGAGAAAGCAUGAAUUAACUGGCAUCCUGUUUUGUAUUUGAAUGUUGUUUGUUUUGUUGGUCGUUAUGUAAAUAAUGAAGACGGUUGGAUAAUUGAUUAUCUCAGUUUUCUAUA